AUGUCCGUUUUCGAUAACAAACCUGAUACUGGAAGGCCUGGCGUCACUCCUGGGGGCCCCACCGAUCUUUUUCAAUGUCGGAACGCACACGCCGUAUUUGUGGGGAAAAUCCUGUAUUAUUAUUAUGGACCAAAGCCCGCGAGAGAUACGAUCAUCUUCAGCGACGAAAGAGUACUAUCCGCACCAAGUAAACGAGCUCCUACGGAGUUAUCUGGAACUGCGAGGGCAAUAACUGCAAGUCUGGAUCAUAGCAAAGCCAAUAUUGAAGCCCUCAAGAAGUUCGGUUGGGUAUUUGAAACCAGUCAAACCAGUAGAAUCACUACCGUCAAGAUGUCCCGUUACAGUUUUAACAGGUGGCAGAAGACUCCAUUCACUGUCCCGUCAUGGAAAAUGAUACAGAGCAAGGAUGGGGCUAUAGCUGAACUCGAUAGUACCCUGGAGAUUUAUCAAAAUGAAUUCCCCGGGGCCAUCUUACGUGGUCUCAGCGAGGAUACCAAGCCUAAUCCUGGCAUGCCCAUCCUGGAUUACUCGUAUCUGAAUGAAGUUAACUACAAGAACCACAGCAAUUAUCUCGGCGCUAUGAAACGUGUCAUUUCCGCGUUUGCCUUGGCAAACCCAAUGUCGGAGCUGGCGGUUCAACAAAGCUACGGAGCGAUGAUAAAAGGAUUCUUUGAGGAUGCUGGCCGAUGUUCAUAUGGAGCCGACAAUGAACUAGAUCAGCCUACUAUCCUGGGAUGUUUCGGUUCUCAGCCCAAAGCCGACUUACUCACUCGAAUGGUGUUGGAGCAUGAAGAAGGGCAGAAGUGGAAGCGUUGGUUCGACCCCGUGAUUGCGGUAGGAGAAACCAAGCGCAAAGGAACCCCCAGUGUCCCUGCGCAGAUGGCAUGUUCACUUCAGCCUACUCUCCACGUCUUUAUGGCAUUGCUCGUAAAGCAAUGGAAAGACAAACCGCAGAACACCAAGAAGUCCAAAGUUAUUUGGGAGGAGAUUGAAAUCCCAAAUUGGAUGUGGAUUUGUGGCCUCGCCUUCGACGCAGACGGUGUAACCUUCCAUGGAUAUCGGCCGGUCAUCCGUGAUAAUGGCUAUGAGUUCGUUUGCUGGAAUAUCUCGGAGAAAAAGUUCUCUACGAUAUUCAAGGAAAUAAGAGACGUCCCUGAUCCGAAACCGCAUACCCGGGGUCAGAUUGAUCUCCUAAAGGCGUUGAUUUGGAUGUGGAGACAUACAUUAGAUCUCGAAAAGGAGCUCAGAAACCUCAAGUUCGACCUACCCGAAGCAUUCGAAGAUCUUGGUAGAGCUUGGGACAUGGACCCGAAGAACUUCAAGGAGGAAAGAGAGGCAGAGCAUUUAGCGAAACGAAAGCCAAAGGAGAAGGCAGAUACGGAAGCGGCGGCGGAUGAGCUUACCGGGAAAAUGGCGACUCUGACGGUCUCAGGGUCAGAAUCCGGUGUAAGAGGGAAGAAGGAGUCCAAGGGAAAGUAA